CCGCCCAUACCUAGCCCUUCAAUUCUCAACCAAAAUCCAUACCAUCUCCGAUCCCCAAAAACUCCCCCUUCCUUCCUUCCUUCCUUCAUCGAAAUAGAAACCUUCCCAGGUGACUCCCAACUCCCUCUAUCACCUCACGGCUCACACGUACACAACAAAACAAAGAAAACAAAAUGGAGGCUGCCUUCAACUCCUCCUCCUCCUCUUCACUCCCCUUGUCCUUCUCCUACACCUUCGCCGCCGCCGCCACCAUGGGCCUCAACUCCGCCGCGACCAACAACAUGAAUAUCUCCUCCACCACCACCACCAACCCCUGGAUGGACAGCCGGAUCUGGAGCCGCCUCCCUACCCGCCUCCUCGACCGCGUCAUCGCCUUCCUUCCUCCCCCCGCCUUCUUUCGUGCCCGCUGCGUCUGCAAGCGCUGGUACGGCCUCCUCUUCUCCACCACCUUCCUCCACCUCUACCUCCACCUCUCCCCUCCCCGCCCACACUGCUUCCUCUUCUUCAAACACCAAGCCCCCACCACCACCCGCCGCCAAACCCCCACCACCACCACCACACAAGCCUACCUCUUCGACCCCUACGACGUCGUCUGGCACCGCAUCACCUUCCCCUUAAUCCCUCCUUCCUUCUCCCCCGCCGCCUCCUCCGCCGGCCUCAUCUGCUUCAUCUCCGAUGACCCGGGACCCAAGACCCUCUUCCUCUCCAACCCGCUCACCGGAUCCAUCUCCCAGAUCCCCUCCCCAACCCUCCGCCCGCGCCUCUUCCCCUCCGUCGGCCUCUCCGUCAAACCCUCCUCCAUCCACGUGGCGGUCGCCGGGGACGACCUCAUCUCCCCCUACGCCGUCAAAAACCUCUCCACCGAGUCAUUCCACGUGGACGCCGCGGGGUUCUACUCCCUGUGGGGGACCACCUCCCCCCUGCCCCGCCUCUGCAGCCUCGAGGCGGGACAGAUGGCGAGCCUAGGCGAAGGGAGGUACUUCUACUGCAUGAACCACAGCCCCUACAGCGUCCUGGCCCACGACGUCGUUUCCAACUGCUGGUUCAAGAUCCAGGCACCCAUGCGUCGCUUCCUCAGGUCGCCUUCCCUCGUGGAGACCAAGGGCAGGCUGGUCAUGGUGGCGGCGGUGGAGAAGAGCAAGCUCAACGUCCCCAGGAGCCUCAGGAUGUGGAGCCUCCAGCCCUGCGGCGCCACGUGGGUGGAGAUCGAGCGGAUGCCGCACCAGCUCUACGCGCAGUUCGCGGAGGUCGAGGCAGGGAGAGGGUUUGACUGUGUUGGGCAUGGGGAGUUCGUCGUGAUUCUCAUCAGGAGGUCCGGGAAUCGCGGGCUGUUGUUCGAUAUGUGGAGGAAGGUGUGGCACUGGAUUCCGAUGUGUCCCUACGUGGCUGCUGACGGUGGUGGAGAUGAUGAUGAUGAGGCUCAGCUGCGUGGGCUGCCUUAUGAGCCGCGGCUGGCUACGCCGGUCACCGGCUUGCUGGAUCAGCUCACCCUUCCGGCUUUCCACUCCUUCAAUUAAUUAGUUAGUUAGUCAAUGCUUGUUAAGUCGUCGUUCGAGAUGUGUUUUUUAGGUUUGCUUGAUUUUUUAGUCAUGAGUGGUUCUGUUGGCACUCGAUAGGUCAGUUGUAAUCUGGGUUUGCAGUUGGUAGUAUAAUUCUAUUUAACUACUUAAUUUGGGUUUGCAGUUGGUUGUAAUCUGGAUGUUAAUCUAGUUAAUUACUCCGUAGUACUGGAUUACCAAACAUUGCAUGGAUUAAUUAGAGUUGAAGAUGAAUAAUCUUUUUUUUUUUCA